AUAGACGCAAUACAAUUCUUUUCACUUCCAUCCACGUCCCCAGGACACUGUCCAAGUCAAAUUUCUCGAGGCAAUCUCACCAUGAAAUCACUCGCCACAGCCCUCGCGCUCAUCGCGCCCGCCUACGCAGGCCUCCGUUUCCCCUGCUCAACUCUAACAAUUCAACGCCUCGACCCCGUCGUGCAACCCGGCUCCCUCCCCUCGUCGCAUCUCCACCACAUUGUCGGCGGAAAUGCCUUCAACGCAUCCAUGGAAGGCGACGUCGGCGAACGUGCAACAUGCACGACCUGUCAAAUGGCCGAAGACUUCUCCAACUACUGGACAGCAGUACUCUACUUCAAACACCCGCAAAAUGGCUCCUACCACCGCGUCCCCGUCGUUCCUGUGCAGCCACUUCUUGGUGGAUCACAGGGUGCCACGGGAGGGUUGACAGUGUAUUAUACGCAGUUUGAUCUUAGUCGGGAUAACCUUAAGCAGCAAGCUAUUACGCCGUUCAAGCCUGGAUUCCGCAUGACGGUGGGUGCGCCGACCGAAGCUGGGAAACCGCAUGUCGGGUUGAGAUAUCAGUGUUUGACGGGCCAGAGUCGGGGUCCUGAGAUUUCGGAUUUCCCGGAUAAGCCUUGUACGGGAGGUAUCUUUGCUACGCAGCAUUUCCCUGCAUGCUGGGACGGCGUCAACCUCGACAGCCCAGACCACCAAUCUCACAUGUACAACACCAUCAACCGCGACGGCUUCACCAACGCCCCUGCAUGCCCCGCAUCACACCCUAUCCGCGUACCCCAAGUCACUUUCGAAACCGUCUGGGACACGACACAGUUCAACAGCAUGUGGCCAUCUGGUACGCCAAACCCGUUUGUGUGGAGCUUUGAAGGAAAAGCUGGGGGUACGCAUGCGGACUACAUGUUCGGAUGGAAAGGCGACUCGCUGCAGCGAGCUAUGGCGAAAUCGGAGUGCUUUUAUGAUGGCUGCGGUUCCAUCACUAAGCAAGCUAUGACAACCGCGAAUCGUUGCACAGUCAAGGACUUCGUGGGUGAGAACAUGGACGGCUGUAAGUUUGUCCAUCCUCAUUGCCCGAUCUGUUUUUUCUUUUGGGGAAGGGUGGCGGACGGGAGGGAUGCCUUGGUGACGAAGUGGUGGGCAGCAGCUGAGUUCGGGCUUGAUAACGAUGGCGAUUACUAA